UGUCAAACGUACGUUUGCCUGUCAAAGCCCGUUUUUUCCGAGCGAAAAAAAAACAGGGAAAGGUUCGGAAAAGUCGGAAAAACGAGCACUCGGUUUUACGUUAAAAAAUCUAUCGUCAUCUUCCGGAAGGUCCUCCGAAAUUUUGUGCCGUAGGGACAGGGAACGAUCGGCAACUCCUGUGGUAGGAACGGUGUCUGCACCGGAAAGGCUAUAUUUAACCUACGGGCGAAUUACAUUUUCAUAUCUGUAUUCUGUGUUUUUCUAAAGCGCGGGCUAGUGGGUAUCGCACGCAGCAGCGGCACAUGAGGCACAUUGGUGGUCUCCUCCUCCCCCCGAAACUCAAAGGAUCUAAAGGAAGCUGUGUUGAUGGCUGAGUGUCUCUUGCAUUCGAUCUGAAUCACGAAACGUAUCGAUCGCGUAGGUGCGUGUGUUUUUUGUUGUGCCGUGGGCAAGUGCAUCCCUUGAACGGCGCGACAAGGAAAAAAGCGUAAUCCAUCGUGCUCGAAAAAACCCGGGUAGGUAGUGAGGUGCGUAGGUGCGUACCCGAGUGCGACGAAGUGGGAAACUCGACGUAUUCCCCAGUCCCUGUUCUUCUCGGACAGAUGCGCACGAUAAAAAGUGUAGCCAGAGCCCGGCCGGCGUGCCCAUUGCAGUGUAGCAAAAGUGGACUCUGAUGAUGGUUGAUUCAAGCCGGCCCGCAUAAGUACGAAACCGACCCAUCUCUGUCCUGUCUGGUGUGCAUCGCUGUGGUUCAGUAGUUUUCAACCCACCCCAAGGCAGCAGUGGGGUUUUAUUUUAAUUCUUUACCUGCGUGUUUGCGGCUGCUACCGUUUUCCUGCCCACGACGGCGCGAGGGUAUAAUUAAAACCCGUCUCACGCAAACAGAAACUGCUGCUAGCGGCAAGGGAUAGAAUAGGGGGCCACUAGGCGAAAGUUUUGUGCUCGUGCAAGCUACUCUACCAAGAACGCCAACACUCUGCUCUGGAUCAGGAACAGUGCGAGAUAUAACCAGCAGCAAGCAUCAGAGGGCGUUCGAUAUUUAAAGCAGAAUCAGUAUCCCGAGCCUCGAGCCAAGAGUAACAGUGUCCCGCGAGUGAGUCCACACGAUGCCGCUGAAGCAACGGAACGCAGUGUUGGAGCUGCACUCUCCGACGGAAGACAAUCUGGUAUCGCCAAGCGUUGGUUCGGUCGCUACCGAGUUCGGUUCCAUCGCGGAGGAUGUGCCGGGGACGGUGGCAUCGACCGAUAAAGCGUCCUCGUCCGACCUGGACGCACAGGAGAAGGUGAAAAUGAAGAAAUCGCUCGGGCUGCUGGAAGGUGUCGCCAUCAUUUUGGGCAUUAUCCUUGGCUCGGGUAUCUUCAUUUCGCCCAAGGGUGUCCUGCAGGAGGUCGGGUCGGUCGGUACGUCGCUGGUGGUUUGGGUGUUGUGUGGCGUGUUGUCUAUGAUCGGGGCCCUCUGCUAUGCCGAGCUGGGGACGGCCAUUCCCAAGUCGGGCGGCGAUUACGCUUACAUCUACGAAGCUUACGGGCCACUUCCAGCGUUUCUGUACCUUUGGGACGCGACUGUGAUAUUUGUUCCAAGCACAAACGCGAUCAUGGGGCUUACGUUUGCCAGCUACGUGUUUCAACCGCUGUUCGCAGCCGGUUGCUCGGUUCCGACGAUAGGCUUGCAGCUGUUUGCUGCCGUCACCAUCUGCACCCUUACCUACAUCAACGCCUACGACGUGCGGGUGACGACCAAGAUGCAAAACGUGUUCAUGUUCACCAAGAUCGGUGCCUUGGUGCUGGUGAUAGUGGUUGGCGUCGUGUGGAUGGCGGUGGCCGACGGUGGUAUGGACAAUUUUGAGAACGCGUUCGACGGUACGGAAACUGAUCCGGGCAAAAUCUCGGUUGCCUUCUACUCCGGCAUCUUCUCCUACGCUGGCUGGAACUACCUCAACUUCAUGACCGAGGAAUUGCGCGAUCCGUACAAGAAUCUACCCCGGGCGAUUUAUAUUUCCCUGCCCCUGGUGACGGCCAUCUAUGUGCUGGCAAAUAUGGCGUACGUAGCCGUGCUGACGCCUCAAGCUAUUUUGUCUUCCGAUGCCAUUGCUGUGACGUUUGCCCAACGCGCCAUGAGCUAUGGGGCGUUCGUGAUGCCUAUCCUGGUGGCGAUAGCCGCGUUCGGAGGGCUUUCGGUGCACAUUAUGACAUCGUCCCGCAUGUGCUUCGUGGGUGCCCGCAAUGGUCACAUGCCCGAAAUUCUGUCCCAUAUCAAUGUCAACCGCUUCACGCCAAUGCCGUCACUCGUGUUUCUGUGUGCACUAUCGCUGUUGUAUCUGUUUAUCAGCGACGUGUAUGUACUUAUCACCUACAGCAGUAUCGUCGAGUCGUUCUUCAUCAUGCUGUCCGUCAGUGCGGUCCUAUACUUCCGCUACACCCGGCCCGACAUUCAUCGGCCAAUACGGGUGCCGCUCUGGGUGCCGACAGUGUUUGUCAUCAUCUGCGCCUUUUUGCUGAUCGUACCCUGUUACGUGGCACCGUAUGAGGUGGGCAUGGGCGUCGCACUGACACUGGCCGGCAUUCCGGUGUACUACAUCGGUGUGGCCUGGAAGAAUAAGCCCAAAGCGUUCACCGACGCACUCGCGCAGGUAACGCAAUUUUGCCAGAAAAUGUUCAUGACCGCCAAGGAGGAGGACGAUGUGGAUGAGUAGAUCAAUCACCGGAGCGGCGGGCGCCGCUCGUUUGAUGACAAUACUUCAGCAGGAUAUCGCCAACCGCACGGUGCAAAUUGACGAUUGAGCGAUAACACACAUAUAGUGAUUGAUUUGCAUCCUGUUCCACGCAGGGCGUUUUGUUUGAGAGAAAAAAAGACAUCGAUGGUAAUGUGUUCUUUUAAGGAUAUUAACAUGACUUUGGCUUAGUUUAGACGGCUAUCGGAAUGGGCAGCAAGGAUAGAAUAGGGGUUUUUUUAUUCUGUUGUUUAACUAUCAUUUCCCAACACGUGACAGGCAUUCAAGACAACCGUCCUCUACAACGAAAAGCAUUUAUGUGCAUUUUGCAGAAUACAACUUUUUACUCAACAAUCUCAGAAUAGGAAUCCAGAACGAAACAAGUUACUGUAGUUUGAAUAAAUCAGGUAACAUCCACAGCGAAUCUCUCAUCCAUGACCAUGAUUGUAACCAUGUUUCACCACUAACUAUUUUUAAACGAUCCUUGCCGUACACUCACUGGUAGAUGUAACAUUUGUAAGCUAAGUUUUUUAAAUCAUAUGUUCACACAUCGUAAAUAUGUCCUGCAUACCCUGGUUCAGUUUUUAAACUACAUUCUUGGUACAAAUUUUUAAGUUUGUUUUUAUUACUUCUAUCGUUUUUGAACUGUUACUGCGAAAACAAUGUUUUACGAAGCACUAAUUUAAUCUGUUAGUGCACAUGCGAUGAUCUUAGUACUACAAAGUGCAGAAUAUCAAUCUGACAGGGAAACAAAAAUCGAAGACAAUUACUUACCCAUUUGCUCAUAUCUUGCUUAGCACUUUACGCGUGUGUACAUUAAUGACGAACUAUUUUUAACUGCUGGUUGCGAAGGAAUAAAGAAUUCUCAUCACCCUUUGUUUUUAGUAUUAGGUCGCAGCUACAUACACGAACGAGGAAAGGGAAAACUGUGUUAGCGUUGAAGUUACUUAAGUUAGAUAGAUUGCCAGCGACAAUGUCAUAAUGUUGUGUUGUUUUACACUAUAAACGCUUGUUAAAAGAAGGCAAUAUACGGUUGAAAGAUUCAAGCCGACCUCUAGUGCAUUUGUGUGGCAAACAGUUAACAACUCCGUUCGCGCAACAGCUUCACCGACCGCUGUGCAAAACCAAUCGACUAAAGAGCAAUUCAUUCCCCCAGAAUCUGAGGUGGAUAGUAUGCGAAGGCAUUUGAAGGAAACUGCUGAGACUCAUAACAAAUUAUAAGCGCCAAAAGAUUGAAUCUGAGUAUCUGUCUUCCGCAACGGAAAUGUUUUUUGUCAUUCUCACACGACGAUACGUGCUGCACAAGGUGCACCGAAAAUAAAUUACUCUAUCGGAUCUAAGGACCCACCA